CUCUCUCAGUGCUCAACAACAAACGAAACGAUUUAUACGACUAACAGACCGGUCGAAUUGUAAGAACAGCUCUUCAUAGACCCGAGGAGUAGCAUCGAGCAGGUGAAAGACUCGACAGCCCAUUUGCCCCAGCUCGAUAUCUUGUUAUCGGCCCGCACGGCCAUUACACAUUGUUGUCACGCUCUUAAAGGGACAACAUCAUGACCACCAUGACAACACAGGCGGCGGCGGCGCCGCCUCCCUUGUCUUUGUACAUUGAGGAUGAUGCCGCUUCAUUUCGACAAUCCCGUAUGAUGUCUCAGCCCGCACCAUUGAUGGAUCAAUCACAUUUACGACCUGGAAAGCAAGCUGCUCUGCUCUCUCACGACAGGACACUAGAACUGUAUCGAGAGAAUGCGAAGAAGACAAAUGAUCCGGAACUCAUAUUCGAAUUCGCAGUAUUCAUGAUUGAUGCUGCCAAGACGAUGGGUCAAUCAGACAUGGAUGAUCCUUCGGCCAGAGGACAAGAUGGACGAGCGGCUCUAGUCAAAGACGACAAAAAGGACGAAUUGAUCAAGGAAGCAACGACUCUAUUGAAACGUUUGGCCGAUCGAGGAUACCCAGAUGCACAGUACUUUUUGGCAGACUGCUACGCCAACGGAAUAGGGACAGUCAGGGGAAAACAAGAUUUUGAUCGUGCUUUCCCUCUUUUCGUCCUGGCCGCAAAACAUGGUCACCCAGACGCUUGUUAUCGAGCUGGAACAUGUUGUGAGCAUGGCUGGGGCUGCAGAAGGGAGAACCCGAAAGCGGUACAGUUCUACAAAAAAGCUGCGGUGGCUCUGCAUCCAGGAGCCAUGUAUCGUCUAGGUACGGCCGAAUUGAACGGCUCUCUCGGUCUCCGUAAAUCGCCAAAGGAAGGUGUCAAAUGGUUGAAACGAUCCGCCGAACACGCCACGGAAGAAUUCCCUCAUGCGCUACACGAACUCGCCCUAUUACAUGAGCGAGGAAUCGAGAAUGUUGUCUUCGUGGACGUCGACUACUCUGCGGAGUUAUUGGCUCAAGCUGCCGAAUUAGGAUACGCUCCGAGCGCAUUCAAGCUAGGAGACUGCUACGAGUACGGUCGGAUGGGGUGCCCAGCCGAUGCCGCGCUCUCUAUACAUUACUAUAAUAUCGCUGCAAUGCAGGAUCACCGAGAUGCUUGCUUCGCCCUGACAGCGUGGUAUCUCGUUGGAUCGCCUGGCGUCUUACCGCAAUCCGAUACAGAGGCGUAUUUAUGGGCCAAAAAAGCCGCGGAAUUAGGCCUGGCAAAAGCUCAAUAUGCCGUCGGCUACUUUACAGAGACUGGCGUUGGAACCGCUCCAGAUCUGAACGAAGCCAUGAAAUAUUAUCGUAAAGCAGCGGAAGCUGGCGACAAACGAGCUCAAAAGCGAUUGCUAGCGAAUAACCGGACGGGAGUUCACGCUCUCGACAGGAGAUUAGAGAUGGAAGCUAUGAAAGAAGACAACGGCCUCGGUAAAUCCAAGGGCGACGGAUGUGUGAUCAUGUGAUGGAAACGGACGACUUUAUCUUUUGAUGACUUUGGGAUUUUCAACCUCUUCACUAGUUUGACUGCGGGCCAUAGAUAUUGGCAUCUGAGCCGAGAGAUAGAUCAAGGCUGUCUGCUGUUGGGCGGUGGUGGAUGGCGGACACGGACUUUUGUUCCCCAGCUGUAUUGUGUUUCUCUCUCUGUGUGUGUGUCUCUCCUCUGUACACAAUUUCUGCAUCUGAUGAUCAAUGU